AUGUUAUUGUACUGGAUUGUCGCCUGCUCCUUGCUGGGCGGUGUACUGGCGAACAUCACCGGACAACACCCAGUAUCUGGAACGUGUUUCUGCCUCACCACUUCAAAUGUCAACGCUCACUCGGGCCCUGGCCUCCACGAGCCAGUCCACGCAUCGUUGUCUGUAAAUCAAUGUUAUAAGUUCCACGGUGGUAUCCUUACCAAAGAUGGCUACACGUGGUACCAACUCCAGAACGUCCACGGAGAGAACCUUUGGGUAGCAGGGACCUUCUUGAACAUAGCAUCUGAUGUUGCACUUUGCAGUGCUGGAGCUUCUACAUGUUCGGACACAACUGCUAAAAAUCUAGCAUGCGAGAUUCUACAAAUGCAUAACUCGGGUCGAAUUAACCUAUGGGAUCGUCAUCCUUCUGGUAACCACGACAACGCCUAUGCCUACAACAACAUCCGGGACACUUGUAGAGGAUUAGCAGCUUCCAGAUCAAGUUACUACUGCGACCUGUGCGGCACCGAUACACCCGGGGGUACCGUGUGCCUCAGCAGGACAUUGUUGCAGUUUAUCUACGAUUUGGGCAAAGCAGGCAGCAUGCAUGUGAAUGAAAUAGCUGGAGCGUGUCACCACUGUCAUUCGAGUCACUACCUAGGUACAGCUGUCGACAUCCAGACCAGUUCCAGGAACAAUGAGAUCAUGGCCAAGUGUAGAUCGAUGGGCGGAUUUGCUCUCGAUGAAACCAGCCAUAUUCACUGUAAUUUCUAA